CAAGUCGCGAGGGAGGUUUGCCGCGGCAAGUGCUCUCGCUUCCUUAUCUCUACGUGUUCGAUGCUCAAGUGAUCGGAAGGUGUUUGGACACUUUGACGUUUUUGGACUCAUGCUCCAUAGCCGGAGCAUGAGCAGGCCAACUCCAAGUAGAUUCGGCGGGUGGGCGCAGGGACGAUGAAAAUGGCUUCGCGCGAGCUGUUGGCGUCGACUUGUAGACACCCGGCGCCAUUCUCGACAUCUCUCGUGGCCCCGAAAUCCGUCCCCUCCGUCUCGUCGUCGAGAAUCUCCGCAGCGCUUCCUUUACUGCGCUCAUCCUCGUGCUCCCAACUCUACACCGCCCUUCGCACUCGACGAAAUGUCGACCGGAGUCCAGCGUCCCAGACCGCCAUCGGCCGAAGCAGGCGGCACAUCGGAGUCGUCCCUCGGGCGAAGAAGGACGAGGAGAAUGCGACGGACGGAAUCGUGCUGACCACAGAGCGCGACGAUGAGGAUUUCAGCGCGGCCGCAAUUGAGCCGGGAUGGGGUUGGAACAAGACCACGAAGGAGCUCGUCGCUUACGGACUGCUCGUGGCAGCCGUGCCAAUCGUGCCGCUGCUGCCUCGCUUCGAAUGGUCGGGGGCCUUCUACUUCCUCUUCCUGGCAGUGUGGUCGGUCUACGUCGGCAGCCAUCGCAGCCUCAUGAAGAAACCACCGCAGAAAAUGUCGCUGAAUCAAGGCCUCGCGGUGCCGCUCUUCUGCUCGGCCUCGCUCUUCGGAUUCUACUGCCUGCUGCGCUUCUUCCCGGACCUCGACCUGCGCACCUUCAUCUCGGCGUAUUUGGGCGUGGCGGGGGCCGUGGCCGUGGGCAGCAACAUCGUCGAGCCCUUCCGGCUCCUGCUGCCGGAUUCAACCUCGUGGCGGGUGGAUUUGCCGAAAUGGCUCGUGCAGGACGAUGGCAGCCCGGUGCACCUGACAAUCACGCCGGCGGACAUAGCCGCGGGCGCUGUGGGAGUGCUGGCCACCAUCGCCAGCAAGCAGGCCGGGGCGCCCUUCACGCUGAAGAAUUUCAUCGCCGUGUGCAUCGUGACGGAGCUGCUGCAGCUGCUGUCGCUCGGGACCUUCACCACGGCCGCGGCCAUGCUCAGCGGGCUGCUGCUGUACGACGUGUUCUGGGUGUUCGGGUCGUCGCAUGUGUUCGGGGACAAUGUCAUGGUCACGGUGGCCACCUCCUCGGCCUUCGACGGGCCGAUGAAGCUCAUCUUCCCGCGCUUCGGCGAGGGCGCCAUGAACCCGUACUCGAUUCUGGGCCUGGGCGACAUCGCUGCCCCCGGGCUUCUCAUCGCCAUGAUGCUCCGAUUCGACCGCUCCCGCGCCCGGCUCUCGUCGUCGGCCGAUGAAUCCUCGUCGCCCGACAAAACUUACUUCGUCACCUGCCUCGCGUCUUACAUCUUCGGGCUCACCGUGACGGUCGUCGCCAAUACUGUCUCGGGUGCUGCGCAGCCGGCGCUCCUGUAUCUCGUGCCCAGUCUUCUUCUGGGCGUGUUCGCCGUGGCAGCUUUCAGGUCCGAGGCGUCGCUGCUGCUCGAUUACAAGGACGAAACUCUGAUGAGUGCGAUUCCUGUCAAGAGUGAGGACGAGACGAAGUAGUCGGGUCGGAAUAGCACGCAAUGGAUUGCAGGGGAGAGGAGUGGAGGGGAGUGGAGUGAUUGGGACGUACUCACCAGAAUCUUUCGAUCUUUCGGAAGGUGCUCUCGAUCAGGGUUCUGUCUAGUACAGAGGACGUCCUUCUUUUCGAGGAGGAGGAAGGGCAUUCAGCUCCACAGUAGUCCCGUCUUUCUUUGAAUUUGGUCGGUUGGUUGCCCAAGGCAGCAUCUCACAUGUACAAUUCUGUCCAUAUUAGCUUCAGCAUUCUUCUGGAAUUGUCGAUCGUGCAAGGAAUGGAAUGGACCUGCAUGCAUCCCUCUCUUGGAUUCCAGUUACGCUCUAAUCCGAUUUCACAUGGACAUCAAGCGCUGAUAUAAUAAUACUUCCAGCACAUCUGCCACUCACUUGAGAGACUACCUUAAGUUUGAUUGAUUCCUUCAUGAUGCAAAUGAAUGAAACUGUACGAGACCAGAUCUUAUGUGCGUUAUGUUCCAGUAACCCCAACAGCCCAGGCGUCGCAGGAGUUACAAUAUCUUGCUGAUUGUAGUCAUUUCCGAUCAUCGGCUGUACAUUUUGUACAGUGGGUCAAUGAUGGUUCUGUAUCAUGCGAGCUCACUCAAGACUUGUAUAAAUCAGCAACUCUUAUCUCUCUUCUUUG